AAUGGAUAAUUACGACAUUGCGUUAUAGAGAGACUCAAAUAAAAAAAUGAGACGUUUCCGUAAUCUACGAGAAAGACAACGUAGUCGCUAGAAACUUCGUCAGAUAUUUUUGGCCCCUCCCUUCUUAUCCCCUCACGCACCUCUACUCUCUCUCUCUCUCUCUCUAUAUAAACAAAGACUCGUUGCUCAUUCUAAAACGUAAACGCACAAGUAGUAGUGAGGAAGUACUGCGACUUUGAUUGAUUUGUUAACCCCUAACUUACAAAAAGAUGCAGACGGUAUCAGUUGACGAAACCAAAAACACGGUGGUGAUACGGGCGGUGCACAAGAACGAAGAAGGACGGAAAUCUGUUGAUAAGUUCGAAUUGAAGACACGUAAUCCGGAGACGAUCAAGAGCGUUGAGAGGAAGCUUAUGGAGAAAGGUGUUCAACGGAUGGAUCGUCAUCCUUCCGAUGGGAUUCCUCUCAGGCGACCGCCGCCUAAGUCCGGUCACGGUGGGAAGUACACGUGGGAAGGACCUGAUCGGAUGGAGGAUUACGAGAUGCAGCCGGAUCCACCGGCGAUAGAUGAAGGAGAUCCUAAUUAUGAUGAGGAACAGGCGAAGAAGAUUGAUGAUGACGUGGCGGUUGAGCUUGUGAAAGGAGAGGUUGAGGUGGCGAAGGAAGCGCCGGCUGGUGUGGCGAGGGUUGACGUUGAUCCACGCUUGGUCAGUCGUUGAGUGUUUGAUAGAGGAUAAAGAAAAAUGUUGGGGCGAAUGUGAGAAAAAGGAAAAAAUGUGGGGGUUUAAGUUUUAAUUUCGAGUUGUUGACAUGUGAUGAUGUUUUAGUGUAAUGACGUGGAAGUAUCUCUGUAAAAAAUAAUAAUUGAUCUGAUUGCAUUGAAAUCCACCAUUCGGUGGUCUUUUUCAUUAUCCA